AAAGAAUGACAACAUACACCUUUCCAUUUAUUUCCACUGAUCUUCAACACAGGAGGAUUCUGGAUAUUCAGUCAGGCAAAAAAAAAUGGACUUUGUGAAAGACAUUGUGGGAGUUGUCAAAACAAUCUAUGAACUGGCUGAGAAAGUAAAGGCCAACCAAAGCCGCUGGUGUCGCAUUCGUGAAAGAGUAAAAGCCUUGGAGGAGCUGGUGGACUCAGCUGACAAAAACAUUCUCGAGAAUGAGCAAGUACAGAAAGCCCUGGAGGAGCUCUUACACGUUCUGAAGUCAGCCCAGGCGCAGAUUGGUAAUUACGCUAACGCAAGUUGCUUCAGGCAUGUGAUCAAGUCCAACAGCUAUGAAGAAGAAUUUGACACUUUAAAUAAACGCCUUUCUGAAGUCUUUGAGAGGCUCUCUCUAGCUCUGCAAUUAGACCAAAGAAGUAAAUUGUUCAAGGUUUUUGAGCUGGCCAACAGGCAGCAGGAAGAUGAAGAGGACCGGAAGAAAGACAUCAAGGAAUUGCAGAGACUUCUCAUUAACUACAAGGAGUCCCUGGAUGUGAUGCAAAAAGAUCUCGAGGAGAUAAAGACCAACGUCAUUCAUUCUGUGGAGUUGUUGAAAAACCCCAGACCUCCAAGACCAGAAGUCAGAAUGAUUAAACCAGAGGAACUGACGUAUAUCCCAGAUUAUCCCAAAACACCAUUCAUGAAAACACCCAGAGCAGAGAUCUACACAGGAAGAUUCAGUCACUUCCCAGUGGCCAUCAAGAGAUACACCGAAGCCUUGAACGCCAAACCAGAGCAGAUAAAGUCUGAAUUCUUCGCAGAGGUCGAUUCCUUGAAACAGUUCGAGUCCCCCAACAUCCUGCGAAUGUUUGGCAUAUGCAUCAAAAAUGAGGAGCGUCCAAACCCGGAAUACUACAUCAUCAUGGAGUACUGUGCACAAGGAACUCUUCAAAAUUUUCUGUUCUCAAGACAAGAAUUGCCCUGGGACAAGAAAGUUGGUAUGUGCCUGGAUGCAGCACAGGGUGUUUACCGCCUGCAUCAUGUUUCUGGCCAAGAAAGUAAGCUUCACAUGAACAUCACGAGUGAAAACUUCCUUGUGGAUGAGAACAACAAAGUCAAGCUGGGGGGUUUAGAACACUCCCAAACGGUGCAGUCACUGAAAAAACGAAAAGAGCAGGAACACAAUGACCAAAACUUCAGCUCUAUGUGCUACUCCGCUCCAGAGCUGCUCAUUAACAAAGACCACGAAUACGGCACAGAGUGUGACAUCUACAGUUUGGGAAUUGUGCUGUGGGAAAUUGCCACUUGGAAGAAACCAUUCCAAGAUUUCAAUGGUAACAAAAACACACUAUUUCAAAAAGUGUGGUUCAAAAAAUACCAACAGCCCCUUCCCCAACACUGCCCUGAAUCUCUGGAAAAGGUGAUCAGUGCUUGCAGGUCCUAUGAUCCCUUUCAAAGACUGUCUGCUGGAGCGUUGGUGGAUAAACUACAGCUCUGCUUGCUGGAGGUCCAGAAACUGUGAAGCCCCUCUACAAACUGCAUUCCGUGGGAAAUCCCAUUUUAUGAUGUUUCUGUGUUGCUGUGGUUUGCUUUUAUUUUUUUAUAAGUGCUCUUGCAGCUUUUCUGUGUGAGAUUUAAAUAGGUCACUAUAAUGACAGGAGAGUAAAUGGGACUAUAUUCUUCAUGAAAAUCUUCUACAGUAAUCUUCAAGGUGGACUUUGCUAGUAGCGGAUCGGAUCCGGGUUGAGAUGGUACCUUUCUCCGUGGAGUUUGGAUGUUUAAAGGGUUUUGACUGUCAUUUUUAGCUAGCUACAUGGUUUUAAAACAUGUACUGCCACUGCCCUCCAUUAGUAGUGUGCUUUAGCUUGGGUUUCUCCAUAGUGGCUGUGUGACAUUAGAGCAAAAACUCCCAGUGUAGCAUCCUUCUCCACAAUCUUUUAGCUUUUAUAGCGAGGUAUAGAACAUGCAUACUAAUGCAAGGAGUGAUCCUAUGGUGAUUGACACGGUUAAUGUAAGAAAAUGAAUGAUAUCCAGAUCCUAUUCUAUAAAACAUCCUGUCCCAACAGCUUUUCUGUCAAAGGGCAAAUGCUCUGGAACACAUCACAAGGUCAUCUGAAAAUUUUUUUACAUUUGUUUUAGGAAUUCUUAAAAAUGUUUGUUUGGGAUCCAAUGUGGGCUAAUGUUUGAUCUGAAGCGCUUGGUUUCUUCUACUGUGUGUUUUCUUUAUGAUGUCUCUGAUCCGGUUGUGGUACUCAUUCAUUAUCCAGAUCUGUUAAAAACAUUUUUUGUUAUCUUUAAGUUUAAGUCAAUA